UACAUAUGUAGAUACAUAUAAGCAUUUAAACAUGCUUAUACAGCAUAAUUUCGACAUACGACAUAUGCCCCAAAAUAUUAGUUUACAAGUACAAUCAAAUAUAUGUACAUACAUACAUACAUGAUACAUAUCAUAUGGACAUUUUACAAGCUACUUGUGGUGAUUGAUAUAGCGUUUUUGUCAGAAUAUAAUUACAACAUUAAAUUAUUUAAAUUAAAUGAUAAAACAUGAAGGCAGCCAUAAUAUUCUUGAUAGUUGUUGCGAUUCAGUAUGGAGCAGCGCAAAAGCAGUACACAAAUAAAUUUGAUAACGUCGAUGUGGAUGGUGUUUUGUCAAAUAAUCGUAUUCUAACUAACUACAUUAAAUGUCUUAUGGAUAAAGGUCCUUGCACUCCAGAAGGUCGCGAGUUAAAAAAAUUACUACCUGAUGCCCUACAGACGGAUUGCUCAAAAUGUACGGAUACCCAAAGAAAAAAUUCACAAAAGGUAAUAAAUUUCCUUCGUGUGAACCGUCCAGGCGAGUGGAAAUUGUUACUAGACAAAUACGACUCUAGAGGCGUUUACAGAUCUAAGUAUGAGAAACAAGGUUAAACUUUACUCACAGAGAACGGUUAAAUGUUGAAAUAAAAUUACAUGUACUAUUUAUAUACCAUAUGUACAUAUGUAUAUGAGUUAGUAAGAAAAUAAAUAUGUUUAUGGUACAUCGUAGAAUCCGUACAUAUAUAUGUAGCUAUGUAUUUGCAUUAUAAUAACUAUUCAACCAUUUUUAUUCGACAUGUUAGUAACAUUUUUUUGUAAAAUCAAAACAAAUUAAGCAAUAUUGUAGCAAUGUGUCUAU